GAGCUCACGCGCCGAGUGGCCCCAUGGUGCCGGCGAGUCUACCGCGACGUGGGGCUGCGCUCGCGGCCCCGGCCGUCCCUGCCGGAGGUGCACCUGGGCCGCGGGUGCGUCGUGCUCGCGGAGGCCGGCGUGCCGGGCCGGGCGGCGGCGUACUCGGUGGCGUUCUUCUUGGAGGACCCGGCGGCGGGCAGCAGGGACCCCGUGAUCCGCCUGCCGCUGGGCCCGGCCGCGCGGCUCGUGCGCGAGGCGGGGGGCUCUCCGCAAGGGGUGGGGCG